ACGCAAGUGCUCGUCCUUGGGCUUUCUGCGGGUACACCAGCAUCAGCCGCACUGGUGGGGGCCUGGAGAGCGUGACCUCCCAGCACCCCAGGCUGCCUCUCUCUUUGAGCUCUCCCAGGCUGGGAAAACAACCUGUAUCAGGGUGGGUGUGGUGUGUGCUUUGCACUCAGCCCUUCUCUUAGGACUCCCUGGCACUCCAUUCACACCAGAGAGGGAGCAGGAAAGAGAUGAGGAGCAAGCCGAACCAACAGCCUCAACUUCAGCGGAAUGAGGGCACGGCCUCCUUUUGGUGAAGGACACUCCCUUGUGAUGGAGAAUGGGAACUCCCUUCCUCCCGCAGCCGCCUGCCUGCAGCGCUCCUUCUAACUCCAUGUGGACACUGUAGGCUGCUGCAGCUGCGUCACCUGGGAAAGAAAGUGCUUCAGAGCCCAAGCAAAGAGAGCUGCAGCAGCCGAGCAGUCCAGAGAGCCAGCGUGCGGGCUGCUCCGGGGAGCCGCGACGCGACGGCACAGCGACCGCGACACAGAGCGGGCGACACCCUGCGGAUUCCCCUUCCUCUUGGAGAGAGAGGCGCAGUCUCAGCCUGCAAGUUUUUCAGAUGCUGUGCUCUUAUACAUUAUCACUGAAUCCUCCAGCCACCCUCUGAAACCUUGAAAGCACCAUAACCAGUAGCCGCUGAGCCAUGGCUGAAGGGGAAAUCACAACCUUCACCGCCCUGAUGGAGAAGUUUAAUCUGCCUGCGGGGAAUUACAAGAAGCCCAAACUCCUCUACUGUAGCAAUGGGGGCCACUUCCUGAGGAUCCUUCCAGAUGGCACAGUGGACGGCACAAGGGACAGGAGCGACCAGCACAUUCAGCUGCAGCUCAGUGCGGAAAGCGUGGGGGAGGUGUACAUAAAGAGUACCGAGACUGGCCAGUACUUGGCCAUGGACACCGAUGGGCUUUUGUACGGCUCACAGACACCAAAUGAGGAAUGUCUGUUCCUGGAAAGGCUGGAAGAAAACCAUUACAACACCUACACAUCCAAGAAGCACGCCGAGAAGAAUUGGUUUGUAGGUCUCAAGAAGAACGGAAGCUGCAAACGCGGUCCUCGGACUCACUAUGGCCAGAAAGCAAUUCUGUUUCUCCCCCUGCCAGUCUCCUCUGAUUAAAGAAAUCUCUUCUGGGUGCCGACCACUCCAGAGGAGGCUGAGGGGAUCCUCACCCAACUGACCCCCGAUUGCUCCCUUGACCAUUGGCUGCACUAACCCCUGGCCCACAGAGCCUAAAUCUGUAAGCAAUGCGCUUCUAAAUGCCCCGUUCACUUUCUGCAGAGCCUCUUAGCCCAGUGCAGUUUGGAGCAGAGGGAUCAAAUUGCUUCUAGGGGCCAACUGGCUGGUCAGUCUGGGUGUGUGGAUGUCCAGUUGCCUCCGGGCACCUGCUGUAGGCUGAGCCUCUCAAAGCAAAGGUGUGGCCAAUGAAGUGUGUUCAGGGGCCUGCCAUGUGGGUCAUUAGUAACUGCAUACAAUUCCCUCUACUGAGUAAAUUCUGUUGGUGAUUCCCCCAAACAUCUCGUAUGAUGCCCUUUCGUCCUUUCAGUACCCCACAUAUAUUAACAGAGAAGUUUAUGACUAGGUUAGGGGAAGGCAGUGUUCCAUGAGUGGAAACUGGGACAAAGAAAUCAACCCCCCACCCCAAAGAGAAGGGACUAAAAUGGCAAAGGGAGAUUGGGUUCUGGUGGACAGCUUAGGAGGAUAGGCUAUCAAUGCAGAAUUAACAAAGAAUGGGAGGCUUAGUCACAAGAAAGCAGAAUACAUCCAUAGCUUUGGAAGUCCUUAUGAUGCCUUGACUUUCCCAAGAUUAUUUGGGAGCAGGGAGCCCCAGAAUGAUGUCAGACAGGCAGCAUAAGAAGUGGGCUCUUGAUAAAAGCAAAACAUCCAAUGUUGGUAAAUUCAUUUGGGUCUGGAGUGUGGGAGUGCUGAGAAAGAAAGGAAAUGUGGACUGAGGGGAUGCUUUCCUAGAAAGAGGUAGAUUCCAGAAGUGAGGAGGAAAGAGAGAUGGACACCAUGACUUGUGCCCGGUCCCCAUAAAACAGAGGAACUAGGGUCCCAGGCAAGACUUAAAAAUCACAAGCGGACUGGGAUUGAGUGUAGAUUCUGGGGGCAGUGGGUCUGGGGUGUAGUAUGUAUUUCUAACAUGCCCUGGGGACUGCAGGGGCUGCUGCCCUCUCCCCCACCCCCACUUUAUGUAGCAAAGUGCUAAAGCAAAGGAACGUGGCUCAAGCCCCAACCCUCUCUAGCCUCCCCCUUGGAAACAUACACACCCCGAGAAUUCCUGAGCAUUUAGGCAGCGUCAGCAGCAGUGACGCUGGUGCGACGGAUCAUGGAUUUAAGGCGCUUUGGCCCAGUGGCUAUAAAAUACCCAUUUAGAAGAGAUCCAAAAGCAUACUUCAAAAAUGUUAAACCCUCACCAACAGCUUUUCUCAAGAGACCAUUUGUGUUACGAUUACUUGUAUAAAUAUGCUUCCUGCUUAAAGUAAACUUGACCCAAGUGGCUAGCAAAUUAGAAACACCAUUCAUCUCUGACAUAUGAUACUGUUGCCAUGUAAAGUCCCUUUACUGUGAGACUGUAUGUUUUAGUCACAUU